ACCUCAGAGCGCUCCAAGCGGUACCACCUGCUAAAGUGUCCGCCCUCGGAUAUAAAACAACAGUAAUGGAAGGUAGAGUUAGUCGAGGCAGAGGAGGCGGCUGGAGGAGAGGCGGCAGAGGUGGACACGACAGCGACAGCCAUAAUGGUGACCACAGAGGCCGGGGGAGAGGAGGUCACCACCGCGGCAGGAGCAAGCGAGACCACCACCGGGGACGCGGUCGCGAUGGAGGCUACCAUGCUGCAGCAGAGUUCCCUCAGCGGCAACAAGAAGACGAAGAGAACCUAAAAGAGGAAGAUGACAGGACAGCAGUGUUCUCCAGAAGAAAGCUGGAGUCCAACUGGGACCGUUACGAGGAGGCAGAGAGGGCGGAGGAAGAUGACAACAUGCCGUCUCAGAGAGGAACAGACUACCACGUGCUGCUGGAGUCAGCAGGGGACUCGUUCACACAGUUCCGGUUUGCAGAAGAGAAGGAUUGGGAGAUGGAUCCAUUCACAGCCAGUCAGAUGUCAGCCGUGUUUUUGGACCUCCCAGCACUCGCCCAGAGUCUCCAACAAGUACCUCUCCAUCAAAGACUGAAUCUAGAAGCUGAACUGGUUCAAGUCUCGACACCAGUAGAUCUACCAGCCGUGAGCCUCGCACCUAAACAGGAAGGAUCCAAGAUGGAGAAAUUUCCUCCUCCAUCUGGUGCUUUUAAAGGCCUUGGCACAAAUCAGAAACCCUCUGUGGCUCCAGCGAUGGGCUUGGACUCCCAGCUCUCCUCCGUACCAGUUAAGCCUAAGGAGGAGGAUGAUGGUGAUGAAGAGCUAGACCAACUACUUUGUUUACAGAAACCGGUUUCAGGUGAUGAGGGGCAGCAGAUGGUCAGUGCUACAGAGGAGAAGAGAGAUUCUCCAGAGAAAGGGUGUGAAGAUGUGAACGAGGAGGUUACAGAAGUGACUGAAGAAAAAACUACAGACAGCAGUAUUAUUAGCCCUCCAAAGUCUACGACUGUGAAAGAAGCGAUGACUGAGGAGGAUCUGGAGGACUGGCUGGACAGCAUGAUCUCCUGACCAAGAAGAAGGUGCAUGAUUAAAGACUGGACACUCUACUUAAAAGGAUCUUGUAAAGUUUACAAAAAUGUGUUAAACUAGUGUUUUUCCAUCACUGGUCUGCUUGGAUGAAGACUUACAGU